AGCAGGAGGAACAGUCAACAAGUCUCCCUUGGUAUGAGAAUUUCCUAUACCAAAAAAAUAGCUCCAGUUUACAGGAAAAAAGAGAAAAUUCAAAGGGGAGAAUUGAGGUGUUCACAAGUUGACUGGAUCUAUUUUGUCACAGGCACUUGGAAGAAUGGCAUCUGUGUUGUUCUUGCUAAGUUUACUUAGUCAGCUUAUUGCAAUCAAAGUGCAAGAGAUGAGUGAAAUCAAUGAGACUGUAAUUUGUACCAAAGACCUGAUGAUCGUGGACAUUCCCAGCGCUUUCUUUCUAAACAAGACACCACCAGUCUAUAUAUGGGAUUUACAUCUGAAUGACCCGAGCUGCAGAGGAUUUGAAAAUGACAGUUCGUACAUCUUUAGCAUUAGAACGAAUUUAACCGACUGUGGCACCAUUACGGCUUCAGACGACAAGUAUAUUACAUUCACUAACUCAAUACAUAAUAACAACUCUGACUUCAUCACUAGAACGUAUAUAAACAUCACGUUUGCAUGCCGUUACCCUGUCAACUAUAUAGUACAGCAACCAAAUGGAGAAAACAAGAUCAGUGUGGAUAUCAGGACUAUUACACUCAAUACUGAAAAUGGUAGCUUCUCUGUUUCUAUGAUGUUGUACAAGGACGAGAAUUUCACAGACAAAUGGACAACAGUCCCAUUCUUAACACUUGAAGACCACAUUUAUGUAAAGGUCUUCAUGGUGCCAGCUCACUUAAUAGUACGCCUUGAUAGUUGCUGGGCCACGCCAACUCAAGAUCCAUACAGUCAGAAUCGAUAUAACUUCAUCAAAGACAACUGCCCUGAAGUAUCAAAAACACAACUUUUACAUGUCUUACAAAAUGGUGAAAGCCCAGAGGCAAAGUUCCAGAUACAGAUGUUUAAAUUUGUUGGAAACACUUACAAAGACGUAUUUCUGCACUGCAGUGUCCAAAUAUGCCACAACACAGUGGAAGUCUGCCGCCCGAACUGCUCAGAGGAAUGGAAACCUAGAACAAGGAGGGACAUUACUCAGUCUCAUACUGUCUCAUAUGGACCAAUCAGAAGAGCCACUAGUGAAGAAAAAGCUGAUCAAAAUACUGAGCUGCUACCUCUCGUGGAGUGCUUCGUCCUCGGAUCCCUGUUUUUGAUUGUCAUGCUUGUUACGGGAGUGUUUGGAAGACUCUGGCUCCGUUCAAGAGGACACUACCCGGCAAUGCAGGCUCAGCUGACUUUAUCAAAUAUUCACCACCUUUCUGAAGUUGCCUCAUGAAAUUGUUGAAACAAAAUCAAUUUGGUGUGUGCUUUAGUCAUAACACCUCCACCAAACAAAAGUGAAGACUACAAGAGCAAAUCUACCCCUACCGAUCAAAUUCUUCAAAAUUACCAAAAUUAAGAUAAAUGGUAUGUAAUUUAAAGGAUUAUUAAUGUCAUUCUACACCCACUUAUAAGGGACAACUGUUGGCAGGUUAACCACUGUGUAUUUUUUGUAUAAACCCUUGCCCAUGGCCCAGCAUCUUUCAUCUGUUUUUCUGGAGCAUGGAAAUAAUCAGUUUGAACAAAUUAUUAUUUUAAAAAAUUGUUUAGCCAUCAUGAGUAUUUUGAGAAUUUUGAUAAAAAGACAUAAAGAGCAUUUUAUGGAAUCAUAAUGACACUAUGCAGUGCAAAGUCAUAUGGGAAAAAAGAAAGAAUAUGGUCGCAAAUGUUAAUUUAUAAAAAAAAUGUACAUAUCCAAGUUUCUUCUUUUAAGCAUAAAAUGUUAAUUCUUUCACCGCUCUCUUACAGAACUAUACCAUGUUGGAUGUCUGAAGUAAAGUUAGAUAAAUCAACAGUUUAAUGUGAUGAAGGAAAAAUAAACAGUGAUUUUCUAAUAUACAGUA